AGUGGGAUACCUUGGAAUAGACAAGAAUCUUGAAUGUCAGGAAUCCAUGACAAAGGGUUACCAGGCCAUUACUUUACAUUGAAGUUUGUUCAUCCCCCAAAGUAAUCUAAAAAACUAUGGUUCUAUAUUUCAUCAGUUCAAAUACCCCAAUUGCAUUGUUUUGUUCUCAAUCCACCAACUUCAUUGGAAAACUCCUUUGUCCUUCAAUGGAAGGUGAGGAGGGGAAACAGCCUUCCCAAAAAAAUCCUUACGUUGAACUCGAGGAGGUUGACUUUGAUUAUAUUCUAGCACUGAGCAUGCAAGAACAUGAGAAAGAGUUCACAAUGCUUACAACCAUUGAAAGUGCAAGUGAUGAAUAUGCAAGUGACUCCUCUUCUGAUAAUGAUGAUGAUGAUCCUAACUUUUUAGAGAGCCUAGAACUUCAGUAUCUUGAAGGUGAAGGAACCAAUGAUGAUGAUGAUGAUGAUGAUGAAAUGGAAAUGGAAGAAGAUGAGAUUGAUCCAGACGAAUUAUCCUAUGAAGAGUUGAUGGAGUUGGGAGAGUUUGUAGGAGAAGAAACAAGAGGGUUAUCAGCAAAUGAAAUCUCUUUGUGCUUGCACCCGUACACUUGUCAAUGUGUUGAAAGCAAAAAUGGCGUCGAUCGUUGUGUGAUUUGUCAAGUUGAAUAUGAAGAAGGUGAACCAUUGGUGGCACUUCAAUGUGAACACCCUUAUCAUGCAGAUUGCAUAAGCAAGUGGCUCCAGAUUAAGAAGGUUUGUCCAAUUUGUAGCAAUGAAGUUUCAACUCCCAACAUGGUUUCGAACCCAUAGGUUGGAUCUAACUCAUGCGAUAGUGACAAAUAAAACGAGUGUGGAAUGGAGUGAGAAAUUGAG